AUGUCCUAUACUCCAUGGUCUGUUCAUGAUGAUCCAUACCAACUCAUUGAAUGUGCGCAGAACAAUAAAAGCAGAAAUCUUACUGAUGGAAAUGAUCGUGGAAGUGAAGCUGAUCUGUAUGGGUUGGUGUCAGAUAUCUUGGGAGAAGCUGAUAAAAUAGACAGUUAUUACAGUGAGGAGACAUUACCCAAUCCAAAUUCUGUCUGGUCUCCAAAGUGCAUGAGGGAGGAUUACCAGCAAUAUCUCCAGCCAGAGUCAAAAUUCCAUCUCACACCACCCUUUCUGCCAAGCCAUGCCUACCAUGAGCCUUUGAAUAAAACACUAGAUCAGUCAAUAAACAGGGAUUCAGAGGAGAUGUACCAGCGAUUCACCAGCUUAGAUUCCAGUGAACAGUGGCUUUUCUCUUCCUGCCUCGAAGACAUGAACAGCUACGUUCCCCAGAAUCAAGAGUUUCAGAAACCACCAGGGCUACAGUUGCCUACUGUGGGGAACUCCUGCCUGUCUAAGAUGAGACAGAGUAAGCAUGAGGAAACACAGAGCCGCCAGACAGCACAGAUGCAAUACGAAGCCAGCAUGGCUGAACAGAGGAAAUUCACCAGCCCCAGAAUGCAGGCACACAAUACUCCAACCAUGCAGUAUCAUAAAGAACUGGGAGGGGAUUUUGGGGCAGUGCAGCAGGAGACUGAUGGAGGAGGGAGAAAGCUGCCUUUGCAGAGUGACUUUAUGUCCAAAGAUGUAUCUGAAUUUGGUCCCCAACUUGUUGAGUACUUCCAGAAACCAAAAGCACUGUCUACAGCUUCCAAUCCUGCAAACAUGUAUCAGAGUAAGAUAAACGGCCACAAAGGAAACAACUCACUCUCCAUGAACCCAAAUCUUAACCCGUUCUUCUCACAUCCCAGCCAGCAGAACCAGCUACAGAAUAAGCCCAAGCUAAUCAGGAGCAACUGUGUGCCGUCUGGGUCCAACAAUAUGCUCUCUCACUCUGUGUCUGAGUUUGUGCCUCAACACCCACAACAAACACAGAGAGGUUUACUUUGCAUUCAAGAUUUCAGUCAGGGAGAUGGACCAGUGCUCCACAACCGGGAAGGACAGACCCAACUAGGACUGGCCAUGGAUGGACUGAGAAGGGGAGGAGACACAGACUUUCAGCCGAAUAAGAAAAGAAUGCCCACGGCUGGCUUGGUGGGUGAGGCCUACCCUGGACAGUGCAUGGACGGAAAGACAACCAAGGCUCAUACAGGCAGUCACAUGGGAGAGGGAGAAAAGAAGGGGCUUCUGCAUAACCCCUACCUGGACAACCAGGGAAGCAUGUACGGCUCUCAGAGAUUUUCAGGGGGACUGAGCAACCUCAGUAUGGGGAAGACUUCACCCUUUCCGUCCUACAUGUACCCUGUGAGCAACCCCAGACAGAGCAACUGCCACAUGCCCACCAUGACUUCAUCCGGUUUCAACUCCAGGUCCUCUCUCCCUUAUGGAAGCUGUGUCCCGCUCACUGACUUGUGUGAUUUGCUGCCAGACAGUGAGUUUGCAGCUUUCAGCCCCUUUGACCUACUGGGGUCCAGUGUAGAGGGCCUGUAUCCUGGGAUGUCAUUUGACCCGAGGUCCCCAAGGAUGAUGAGGAACCGUGGUGGACCAAUGAGCCAGCUGCACUGCCACCUGGAAGAGAGCUAUGAGCAAUGGAGGUUCUUGGAGAAGGAGAGAAAAAAGACUGAGGUGAUUCUUACCAAGACUUAUCCUGGGAGGCAGAUUUCAGCUGUUAGCUGCAGUGCCCUCCCAAAAGUCCCUCCUAAUCCCUCCAAAGUCGACCGUCUGAUCGUGGACCAGAUUCGAGAGCUGGCCAAGGUGGUGAGUCUUCUUGGUAAGAUGGAACGCCUACGCAGCAUCCCACUCCAUGCCAAUAUCAGUUCAACGCUGGACAGACAUCAAGAAGCUAUUUACAUCACCCAGGCCAGACGCAAGGAGGAAUUCAUCAACACGUCCUGCCGGCAGAGGCAAGGAGGGGGCCAUAUCAGAGAGGACAGAGACAUCCUGCUGCUGGCCACAGCACUAAGGGACCUCUGUGUCACCACCAGAAAGGCCCGCACUGCCCUGUGGUGUGCUCUCCAGAUGACACUGCCCAAGACCUCCACUGACAAGCUGGAGGAGGAGGGUGACAGCCAGGAGAGCAGCCCAGGGAGGAGACUGAGACCUGGGCUGUUCUGA